CCAGAAAAAAUAGAAGGGAAAAAAAAAGGAAGAAGGAAAAAGGCGAAAACACACAAUAACGGCCCAACCCUUACCACAAACAACAGCGGCAGCAGCAGCAGCAGCAGCAGCAGCAGCAGCAGACGACCAUUCCUGAUCUCUUCCUUUCUCUCUCACUCUCCCACACACCUUCCUCUUCCACUCCCCAUUUCUCACUUCAAAGCAAAACCCAGAGUAAAAGAAAAAUCUGAAUCUGAUCACCUAUUAGCAGUCAUUACCAUUAGUAACUAGUGAAUGGAGGAGUGAUUUCUUCGUCUUCUUCUUCUUCCAUUUACUGCCUGAUUCAAAUAUUUAGAGGGGGAGAGGCUGAGAGGAUCGUCUGUGAUUAGAUGAUCACUAACGUCAUCAAGUAAGGUGCUGCUCUUGGGACUUGGAAACAAGAGAAGCGGAGAUUGGGGAUCGAGUGAUCAUGGAUCUGAAAGAAGAAAAGAGAUCGGAUUCGGAGAAUGCAAAACGUAGCAGCAGCAGCAGCCCUUCGGCUUCCGGUUCGAAGCAGUUGAAGAGUUGCAGUGAUUGCCAUACAACCAGAACGCCUCUGUGGAGAGGAGGUCCAGCUGGUCCCAAGUCACUGUGCAAUGCAUGCGGGAUCAAGUACAACAAGAAGAGGAGGGAGCUUUUGGGACUGGACAGGGGUAGAAAUGACAAGGGCAAGAAGAAGAGGAAAAGCAGUAGCGGCGGCAACAAGAGUAACGAAGGAGGCGGAGUGGGGCAAUCGCUGAGGAUGAAAUUAAUGGCGUUGGGAGGAGAAAUGAUGCUACGGAGAUCGGGAAAGCUGAUGGGGAAAUUAAGAGAGGAAGAACAAGCCGCUAUACUCUUGAUGGCUCUCUCGUGCGGAUCUGUCUAUGCUUAAUAACAAUAACUUACUAGUUUAGUAGUAGUACAAAAACUCAAAAAAGAUUUAUUACAUGCUUCUCUCCCCAGUAGGCCGAGCGAGUACUGCUAGGUAUUUACUACUACUUAAAACUAGGCAGGCUAGAUGAAGCAGAAGAAGAAAUAUGUGUAAAAGCCCCCUUAAUCUCCAUCCAUGAUCCAACCCCCUUUUUUUUCCCCUUUCUGGGUUCAACUCUCCGACCUAUGUCAUCCCAUACCCCCAAGGAGAAUCGCUGUGACUGCACCCUUUCCUCUUUUUUCGUGAUUGAAUGCAUGUAUGCCGAUUAGGAAUCAAAUAUCCUUGUAAUGAACGAACUGACUUCCUUCCUUCC